GUUAGUUCCUGUUAGGCCCCGGCCGGGGGAGUAGGUUGAAGUCUCCUAAGAUGCCCGGUGGGCUGGGGCACCCGGAGCUGUGAAGAGGGCGUCAGGAGGCGGUGAGGGGAGACACGCGGCUGGCCUGAAGAAGAGCGGCGGCCGAGCCCGCCUUCCCUGCACCAUGCUUAUAGAGGAUGUGGAUGCCCUCAAGUCCUGGCUGGCCAAGUUACUGGAGCCGAUAUGUGAUGCUGACCCUUCAGCCUUAGCAAACUAUGUUGUAGCUUUGGUCAAGAAGGACAAACCUGAGAAGGAACUGAAAGCCUUUUGUGCUGAUCAGCUUGACGUCUUUUUGCAAAAAGAAACUUCAGGUUUUGUGGAUAAACUUUUUGAAAGUCUCUAUACUAAGAAUUACCUUCCACCUUUGGAACCAGUUAAGCCUGAGCCAAAACCACCAGUCCAAGAAAAAGAAGAAAUUAAAGAAGAGGUAUUUCAGGAGCCAGUAGAGGAUGAACGAGAUGGCAGAAAAAAGAAAUAUCCUAGUCCCCAGAAGACUCGUUCAGAAUCCAGUGAGCGAAGGACACGUGAGAAGAAAAGAGAAGAUGGUAAGUGGAGAGACUAUGACCGGUACUAUGAACGGAAUGAAUUGUACCGUGAGAAAUAUGACUGGAGAAGAGGUCGGAGUAAAAGCCGCAGUAAGAGCCGAGGCCUGAGUCGAAGUAGAAGUCGAAGCAGGGGUCGCAGCAAAGACCGGGAUCCAAAUAGAAAUGUUGAGCAUAGGGAAAGAUCAAAGUUUAAGAGUGAAAGGAACGACUUGGAGAGUUCCUAUGUGCCUGUGUCUGCACCCCCUGCAAACUCUUCUGAGCAGUAUUCCUCCGGGGCGCAGUCUAUUCCCAGCACUGUCACUGUGAUUGCACCUGCGCACCAUUCUGAAAACACAACAGAGAGUUGGUCUAAUUACUACAACAAUCACAGCUCUUCCAAUUCUUUUGGUCGAAACCCACCACCAAAGAGGCGAUGCAGAGAUUAUGAUGAAAGAGGAUUUUGUGUACUUGGUGACCUUUGUCAGUUUGAUCAUGGAAAUGAUCCCCUGGUUGUUGAUGAAGUUGCUCUGCCAAGCAUGAUUCCUUUCCCUCCACCUCCUCCUGGACUUCCUCCUCCUCCACCUCCUGGGAUGUUAAUGCCUCCGAUGCCAGGCCCAGGUCCUGGCCCAGGUCCAGGCCCAGGCCCAGGUCCAGGCCCAGGUCCAGGUCCUGGCCACAAUAUGAGACUUCCUGUUCCCCAAGGACAUGGCCAGCCUCCACCUUCUGUUGUUCUUCCCAUACCAAGACCACCCAUAACACAGUCAAGUUUGAUAAACAACCGUGAUCAGCCUGGGACAAAUACAGUGCCCAAUCUUGCACCUGUGGGAGCAAGACUACCUCCUCCUUUACCCCAGAACCUCCUUUAUACAGUAUCAGAACGACAGCCCAUGUACUCUCGUGAACAUGGUGCUGCUGCAUCUGAGCGACUUCAGUUGGGGACACCGCCUCCUCUUUUGGCAGCUCGUUUGGUGCCACCUCGAAAUCUCAUGGGAUCUUCCAUUGGGUACCAUACCUCAGUCUCCAGCCCCACCCCUCUGGUCCCAGAUACAUAUGAACCAGAUGGCUAUAACCCAGAAGCUCCUAGUAUUACCAGUUCUGGUAGAUCUCAGUACAGACAGUUCUUUUCAAGAACACAGACACAGCGCCCAAAUCUGAUUGGCCUAACAUCUGGAGACAUGGAUGCAAAUCCAAGAGCUGCAAACAUUGUCAUCCAGACUGAACCACCAGUCCCUGUUUCAGUUAAUAGCAACAUAACCAGAGUUGUUCUUGAACCAGAUAGCCGAAAAAGAGCUAUGAGUGGUUUGGAAGGCCCACUCACAAAGAAACCUUGGCUGGGAAAGCAGGGGAAUAACAAUCAGAGUAAACCAGGAUUCUUGAGAAAGAAUCAAUAUACAAACACCAAAUUAGAAGUCAAGAAAAUCCCUCAGGAAUUGAACAACAUUACCAAGCUCAACGAACACUUCAGCAAAUUUGGAACUAUUGUUAACAUCCAGGUUGCUUUUAAGGGAGAUCCAGAAGCUGCCCUCAUUCAAUAUCUUACGAAUGAGGAGGCGAGGAAAGCCAUUUCCAGCACAGAAGCAGUUCUAAACAACCGAUUCAUUAGAGUGCUGUGGCAUAGGGAAAAUAAUGAGCAGCCAGCACUACAGUCCCCAACACAGCUGCUCCUGCAGCAGCAGCAAACACUUAGUCACCUGUCACAGCAGCACCAUCACCUGCCCCAGCACCUUCAGCAACAGCAGGUGCUGGUGGCUCAGUCUCCUCCCUCGACGGUACAUGGAGGUAUACAAAAGAUGAUGAACAAGCCACAGAGCUCAGGUGCAUACGUUCUUAACAAAGUUCCCGUUAAACAUCGUCUUGGACUUGCAAGUGGUAACCAGAGUGAUACCGCACACUUAUUGAAUCAGUCUGGUGGUGCUGGUGAGGAUUCCCAGAUAUUUGCAACUCCAAGUCAUCAAAAAAUGGUUUACAGCUCCCCAAACUUAAAGACACCUUCAAAACUUUGUUCAGGGUCUAAAUCACAUGAUGUUCAAGAAGUUCUUAAAAAGAAGCAGGAAGCAAUGAAGUUACAACAAGACAUGAGGAAAAAGAGGCAAGAAGUGUUAGAAAAGCAAAUUGAAUGCCAGAAGAUGCUAAUAUCUAAGUUAGAAAAAAACAAAAGCAUGAAACCAGAAGAGAGAGCAAAUAUAAUGAAGACUUUGAAAGAGCUUGGAGAAAAGAUCUCACAAUUGAAAGAUGAAUUAAAAACAUCUUCUGCAGUCUCCAUACCAUCUAAAGUAAAGACAAAAACAGAGGCCCAGAAAGAACUGUUAGAUACUGAACUGGACCUUCACAAGAGGUUAUCCUCAGGAGAAGACACGACAGAAUUGCGGAAAAAACUGAGUCAGUUACAAGUUGAGGCUGCACGAUUAGGUAUUUUACCUGUGGGUCGAGGAAAGACCAUGUCUUCUCAAGGUCGGGGGAGAGGCCGAGGUCGUGGAGGACGAGGAAGAGGCUCUCUCAAUCACAUGGUGGUUGACCACCGCCCCAAAGCACUAACAGUUGGGGGAUUCAUUGAGGAGGAAAAAGAUGAAUUACUUCAACAUUUCUCAGCUCCAAACCAAGGGUCAAAAUUCAAAGACCGUCGGCUGCAAAUAUCAUGGCACAAGGCCAAGGUGCCUUCUGUCUCCAAUGAGACUGAGGAAGAAGAAGUCAAGGAGGAGGAAACAGAAACCUCAGAUUUGUUUUUGCAUGAUGACGACGACGAAGAUGAAGAUGAAUAUGAAUCUCGUUCAUGGCGAAGAUGAAAUCUGAUUCAAGCUGUAUAAUUUUUAGGAAUAUUGUUUAGAAGAACAACUUUUUAAAAUUAUUUAAAGAAGUCAAUGAGCCAAAAAUUUUCUUUUUAUUUUCUUUUCAACACAGUAGGUUUAAGGACAGCAAGUUUGCUAUUUAAACACAUCUCAUAACUGUUCAUGAUAUUAAAGCACCAAAGGCCUAGUGACUUUUACACAGUUGUGAAGAUCCACAGGAAUGACACGGAUAAUCUCUAGAGCCUUAUUUUCCACACCAUCUCUUUUUGUUGCUAUUGGUGUUGGAUUAUAAUGUAAAUGACAGGGUGUUCAGAAAUUUUAUUUUGGAUUAUAAUCUGCUGAUAAAAUUUCAUUAAAUGUCAAAAUUGCCUGGAAUCUCUUAACUCUUAGCUAUUAUGGAUGGGACGUCAGACAGUAGGAGAUAUUUGUGAUUAAAAUGCCCUUUUGCUUUCUAAAAUUAUCUUGGAAGGAAAGUAAAUUUAAUUUUUUUACUGUGGAGGAGCCCAAUUUCUAUUCAGUCUAAAUUGUUGUGGGGGUUCUCUGUAUAGUAGUGACUGCUACAUUCAGUGUAAAUCACAGCAGACUCUGUGUUUUUAAAUGCAGUAAGGCAGUGGUAGCUAGCUCCAUAGGAUUUCCAUUCUCUUAUCAUACUAACUCUGCUGUACUCUGCUAUUGAUCCUUAGUUUACUUUGAUACUUAAUGAACAUUGAUACAAUUGGUCCUUUUUCUUUACAUUCUUACAAAGUAAAAGGCUUUCAGCUAUUGCCCCUUUCUUGUCCCUGUUUUCUUUCUCCUGCAUUUUUACUCCUAGGCUUGAUUUAUCCAUUAUUGAGAUAAGUGAUUUUUUACAGUCACCAAAAGUCAGUCCUCAAUAAAAAGUUGAAACCAGCACCUUGAUAAAUAAGUGAUGUUUUGAUGAGAAUAAUGUAAAAAUUUUUAGAGGGGAGGCACCAGCUUUUUAUUUUUAUUUUUAAAAGCUUCAGUUUAGUUACACAAAAGGGUUAAAAAGUGUGAAAUUCUUUUCCUAAAAUUAAACCAUGAUGGUUUGGUGACCGGGGGUAGGGUGGGCUUGGGUGGGGUAGGGGAUGGGUAUGCUAGUAAUAAAUGGGAGUCAUACUUGACUUUGAUCAGAUGAACUUAUAUUUUCAUAAUUUUGUAGCUUGUUGCUAUCCAUGAACGUGCAUCCUUCAGUAGGCAGUUUCCUUCACUGUGUGCAUUUUUACUGUACACUCUAUAGAGUAGAGUAUCUGUUAAGUAAAAUAUAUAUGUAAAUUUAUGUCCUUGUGUCCUGGAUGUUAGAUGGAAAAGCAGAGGAGCAACACUACACUGUAUUGACCCCUGGGGAAAUAAAAUGAUUGAUGUACAUAGGAUGUCACUUUUUCAAGGAUAUACACAUCUGUUUUAUAAAUGUGUGGUGUGAAAAUUUGAAACUUCCUGUUGGCUUCAAAAGGUUCUUGGUGAUCGCUGUAUUAAGGAUUUUGUUUCCUGAAGUGAAGACUCUUUCUCACAGUAGAACCUAUUCACUAAGAAACUUAAAACCAUCAGGACUCUAGAUUUACUUAGCUACAAGACGUUAUAUCCCACAUCCUGAUUCUCUUUUCUACAUAUUUUCCUGGAAUGAUGUAUCAAGCCAGGAUCAUUUUUAAGUUCAUAAUAAUAAAGAUUUCCUCUUUGUAGGUUAUUAUAUUUCUGAAAACACUGAAACUAAAAUAAGCUUAAAAAAGAAGUAGAACAUUGCAAUGGGGUACCUAGAAUAAGCAAUCUUGCUCCUUCCUCCUCCAUCAUCUCUAAUGAAAUUUUCUUGAUGUCUGUGGCUCAGUUGGUAUAUAUUUUGAAAGAUUCAUUGUGGUGAAUAUUUUGAGUCCUGACAAUUUAAACGUGAUAGAGGGAACAAAGGAUUUAUAUAUUUUUUGUACAAAGUUUUUUCUUAAGCUGUAUAAUUUUGUAAAUAAUUUGUUUGGUUUUUUUGUGUACUAAAACUACCAGCGUAUAGAUUUCAAUAAGAAUUGUUGUAUUUUUGUAUUUGGAAACUGAAAAUUACAGUAAAUUAAUGGAUCUGUAAGAAAAUUUUCAGUAGACUGACAGUUUGACAGAAUGAGAUUCCUUUUCAUAUGAUUUUUUUAAACCUCAAAAUUGACAUCUAAUACUCUAAAUAUGAAGAGAUAAGGAUUUGUUUGAAUUUUUAGUUAUGGGGGAGGGGAGAUUUGAAGGAAAGGGUGUGACCAGAUAGAUAGUUUUUCAGUAAGAGUUGAGGCUCUUUGUAUAAAAGUUUUCAGCAUAUCUUAAAUAGGAUUUAAGUGCUUUAAAAAUGUCCUUUCUAAGAAUCCUGAAACAUGUUUUGACUCUCAAAAAUUAACUCAAAAGUAUGGAUUAAAAGUCAUAUUAGAAAUUUUUAAAGUUAGUAUAAAGUGACUAAAUGUGUAUGUACAUAUUUUUUCCUUUAGAUUUUUUCAUCCCCACCCUCAAGUCCCCAAGUGUUUGAAUUUCUGUGAAAACCAAGUAACUACCAUGACUUGCUUUCUUGACAUCUUGUAUAGAAAAAACAUAGUACCUGAGGCAAAUUCUGUUAUUUUCAAUAUGUCUGAUAUCUUUAUAAAUAGCUGAUGAGGAAAUACCACCACCAAUUUGGCCAGGUCAACCUGGUUUGCUAGUGGAUUGCUGCUCAGGCAUAAAAAGAUGACCCCAGGGAUGCACAAUUUCCCUCAAUUCAUGUUAUCACUUGGGGGGAACAUCAUCAGUAGCUAAGAUGACAUUUUGGAAAACAGUCUUGUUUAGGGUGGAAAAGGUCCAUGGUUAUGGAUCGUUAUUUCAAAAUGAAGGAAAAAAUCAUGUGAAAAGGAAUAGUGGUUCAUCUUGAUGUAUAGUAUGCCUGUAUUAUAGUUUUUACAAAAUUGUGAACUUGUGUAAUAGUAUAAUAGGAGAUAUUGUUGAAUUUCUAACUGUUUAUAUACAUUUAAAUUCAUAUAUGUAAUGUUUGUUUUAUCGAUUACAAUCUGAAUUUCUAAGAAGCAUGUUGACUUUUGCAAUAAAGAUGCAAUAUGGAAUGGUUCACAAUUGGCAAAAAAAGAAAAAAAGAUAAAAAGUAUUAUGAAUUUAAAAGAAUUUGAAAAUUUUAUGAACCAUUCCAAAAUUAUAACAAUCACCAAAA